AUGCCGAUUCUGGCAAGUUGUUUGAGCGCGCGCGUACGGGCCGACAUCGAUACGAGGACGGAGGAUUCUAAAGUGUCGCUGGCGGUAGGGGGAUGGCCACAAAGCGGCAGCUGCACGCGGAGGGAGAACCCAACCCAAUCCGAUGACUACCCCAACUGUGUAGUCACGCGCCGACUGGACUAUCCUGUGGGAGUCGCGAUUCUAGAUUCUCGACCAGGGCGACACACGAGGAAACAACACAAUAGAAGAACUCGUCUUCUAGAUAACAACCACUUAGAGAUAAAAAUACCUGUUAACUAUAUUGCCUACAAAUUAAAAUCGCUGACUGAUGGGCCCCGUUUCAUCGAGCCCAUCCCCAACGUGACGGUGGCGCUAGGACGAGACGCGUCGCUGCCUUGCGUCGUGGAAAACCUCGGCUCCUACAAGGUGGCGUGGAUCCACAUCGACCGGCAGAUGAUCCUGACCAUCCACCGGCACGUGAUCGCGCGCGUGCCGCGCUUCAGCGUCUCCCACGACAACCACAAGACGUGGCUGCUGCACGUGACGGGCGUCCAGCAGGAGGACCGCGGCUACUACAUGUGCCAGGUCAACACCAACCCCAUGAUCAGCCAGGUCGGCUACCUGCAGGUGGUCGUGCCGCCCAACAUCCUGGACGAGGCGAGCACGCAGUCGUCGGUGGCGGUGCGCGAGAACCAGAACGUGACGCUGACCUGCCGCGCCGACGGCUUCCCCAGCCCCAAGAUCAUGUGGCGGCGCGAGGACGGCCAGGGCAUCGCCGUCGACCGCCGCAAGAAGGAGUGGUUAGAGUGGCACAGCUUGCCACGACGCCCGCUGCCGACGCCGCCACUGCCAUCGCAAUCGUAG